AUGCUUGGGCUGGGCAGUGGCCAUAUUUACUCAAUGGCAAACCAGAGCACAGUUUCGAACAUGUCAAAGGAUGAAAAGUACGAUUAUGAAGACGAGGUAUCGGACGAGAAUGAGGAUUCGGGAAUUUCGCUAACAAAAGUGAGAGCCGAGCAAGGUUUCAGUCUAAGGUCAUUCAUUGACCAGAUAAAUGCCAAAACGAAGGCUCUGGCGAUUGCACGAGAACUCGACGCGCAGCGUGGAGUCACUCAUCAGGACGCGACGAUGAGCGCUGGAUCUAUCGAUUCCGCAACAAGUGCCUCAACCGAAACACAACGCACGCAGGAGAUCUCUUCCCAUCCAACUGCUACUGUUCGCCGAAUCCCUUCCGGGGCACGAGCAUCUACCGCGGAACCUAAUCUUGGCUCUUCGACGCCAAUGAAGGAAGUAUCACGAAGUGACAACACCCACAAUCAAACAAUUAAUGAUCUCCUAGUGCAAUCCACACCGAUCAAUUCAAGCAAGUCUGCACCUACAAGCCGCAACACGCAGCCCAGAGAUCUUUUAAAAGAAAAGUUCAUGGAAAGCCACAAAGCCCAAAACGAGAGGAGUGCGACGGGCAACGCAGAUGAACUUCAGUUUGAAAACGUGCGGCUCAGGGAAGAGCUUGAAUUUUAUAAGAAGGCGCACGACAGCCAAGAAGAGAAUAUUCAGGUGUUGCAGGAAACCUUACAGAAACAAGACCAGACUGCACAAGCGUUGAGGGAGAAAUUGCAAGAGCUUCAGGACCAAGUGGAAGAAUCAGCGCAAGCACUCAAGGUUGCACAAGAUGAUAGACGCUCAGAAUUUGAAGGACAUCAGCGGGUUGCAGAAGAACUAGCGAAAUGCAAGGGGCAGAUAAGGCUGAAAGAAGAUGAGAUAGUUACUGUGACAGAGAACGCAGACAAAGCAUGCCAAGACUUGAGAACCGACAAUGCAGGCCUUCAUAAAAAAGCUAUCGAAAUCCAAAGCGCCUUGACCGAAAGCGAACUAUAUGUACAGCAGCUUAAAUCGAAAGUUGACCUCAUGAAGAAACAUAAUGAUGAUCUUUCACAAACUGUGCACGAUAAAAUUGAAGAGCUCAAUGAAUGUAAUACGCGGAUUGAUGAGCUUUAUAAGGAAAAUAUUGCUCAAGAGAACUCCUUGAGAAGCAGGGUGAAAGAGUAUGACUCAGAGCUUUCAUCUCUGAGAAACAGGAACGAGGAGCUUCAGAAGAAGCUGGAGUUACAAGACCAUGAGUUUAUUUCAAAGUCAAGUUCCUACGAAGCCCGAAUCUCUUCGCUGAAAAGUGCAAAUGAAGACCUUGAAAAAGGGAUCGAGUUAGAGAGGACCAAGUCUAGCAAAGAAGCACAUGUUUUAGGAGAUACUGUUGUGACUCUCAGGCAGCAGCUCGCAGACGCAGAGAAAGAGAACGAGAAAAUUCUUGUUCGUUUCAAUAUGCUAGAGAAACAGCACUUGGAAGCGGAAAACCUCCGUGACGGGUUGGAGGAAACAAACCAAGAGCUUAAGUCAGUUGUUACUAGACUUGAAAAAAUAUCAUCAGAUCAGCUGCAGACCAUAGGAAGGCUCGAAGAAGAAGUCGAGCGAAAGAGCAAGAAAGAGGCAAACUCCCUUUCAAGCGUAAGAAAACAUUCAAAGCAGCUCGAGGAGAAGGUACGACAUCUACAAGAUGUUAUCGUGGCCAAAAAUUCUGAAUUAGAGAUGCAAAAACAGGAGCUAAAUCAAUUUGAGAGCUAUCUGAAGUCUGUAUCCUUGUUCCAAAUACAGGCGGGCGACCUCAUUGUCGAACAGUAUCGUCUGAACAAAUACGCCACUCAAAUGGAUGCCGCUUUCAAGGAACGAAACCCAGAUAUUUUAGGCUUUUUCACCCAAGAUCAGCUUCAAACAACUGAAAACAGCGCAGUCAGGCUUGAGGCCCUGGACAACGAACUUCAUAAGUUGGAAGAGUCCAUAAAAGAUGAGUGGACAGUGAAAGUGCAACAGCUCGAAGAGAAAUUAAAAAAUCAAGAACUCAAGGAAAGUACAAUCGCUAAGCAGCUCGCUGGAAAUAACAUUAGGAUUGAAGAGUUGAACUCGAUGGUUGGCACAUUGUCAGCAGAAAAACGCGACCUUCUUCACGAAAAGGAGAAGAGCAUGGAAAUGCAGCAAAGGCUUAAUGACCAGGUGAACAGUUUGAAAGGGGAGCUGGUAGAUGGCGAGCAUAAAGCUUUUAUUAGCUUGUCCAAUAGGAUUGAAAGUCUAGGUGAGGAGAGACUUGAUCUGCAGCAGAAUUUACAGGCGCUUGAAUCAAAAAUCAAAUCCACUGAAACUUUGUUGAAUGAAGCCAACGCGCUCCUUAAUCAAGAGCGCUCUGAACAUGCCACUUCGCAGGACGAGGCGGCUCAGCUGCGCAAAGACCUUGCGAGGCUCAAAGGAAAAGCAUCGAGAAAGAUCACAUUCCAGAUGGCAUCGCAGUCACGCCCACAUCUCAGUCGCAAAACUUACGACUCUCUUAUGGUUGACGCUGUUAACGACAUGGACAUGGUUGAACUCCAAAACAUUAUCAAGAACAUCAUUCUUCUUCUAGAAAUUCCUCUCGCUAAGAUCACCAAGAAGAUGCCGCUAGUGGGUAUCUAUUUAAGAUAUGAAAAGAACAUUUGUCUCCACUUUGCCAAUAAAAUCCACUACUUGAUGUUCCGAGAAACAAUUGAUAUAAAAAGGUAUACCAACGUUGCGUAUGGCCAAUACCUGGAUCACCAUGAUAUAUGUCACCUUGAUCACCCUCUCGAGUCAUGCCUUGAUAAUCUCUAUAAAGAGGUCAGCGCCAGGUUGUCGUUAUCACCGUUAACGAAUGGCUAA